AGGGAAUGUUCACUCACAUACUAGGCUGCAUUGCGCUGUUAGGAAUGAAAUUUCGGAUUUCUGAUGUUUCAUGGGUGUGCCUGUAAAAUGUUUGGAGGUAAAAAAAAGGGGCACAUUGAUAUAGUUAGCAUAAUAGCGGCCUGCUCUUACUGCUUCCCCUCUCUUCCCCAUGUCUUGAACCGGCUAUUUUUCAUGUUGAAACAAAGCAUUUAAAUACAUGUAGUCUAGUGGCAAUACUUCGUAUAAGACGUCGAAAAAAAUCUGAAAAUUCAAAACACAUCCAUCGCCUACCCAUCGCCUGAAAUGUGCGAUAGAUAUCCCAUUGUUACAAUCUCCUGUGCGUACUUGAAGGGAAUAAUAUGUUUGAGAUAGGGGUUAUAAUCUUUUAUCCCAGGGUUUUCAGUAAGCAUCCUAUUCUGGUCCCAAUACUCAGGGUACCAACCUGCUCUAUCUCAGUCCAAAACCGCCUUGACCAUACCAUUUUCAACCAUGAUAUUGCGCGGCGAGAAAUCGCCGUGCGCAAAAUGGAUUUCAUGGUCAUCUGACAUCGCGGCUCUCGCGUAGCGCCUGAAGACGGACAGAUAUUCAUUACCAUUUUUCUCAACAAGGAAGUCAUUAAGCUCUUUCUUAGAGUCAAAGGGGCACCCCGACGAGGAAAUCGAAGCCCAGCGGUUAUUGGCCCACCAUUCGCGGCCUCAAUGCGUUUUGUCUUGCUUGUUAGGUUUUGGAGCUGGGAGAGAUAGCCGCGGAGUUGGUGGCAGACAGACAUUCUCUGGUCGUGCGUGAGCUUCCCCCAUGCUGUAUCAAGUGAUUCCCCAGGUAUAUAUUCCAUGACUAUUUGAGAAAGCCUGGUUCUGUUGCCGGACCAUCUAGUCUCGUAGACUUUUGGGACUGGGAUUGUGGUGUUGGUAGCGAUGAAUUCCAUAGCUUCAGUUUCAGAGCUGUCAGUGAGUUGCGGAUUUCAGUACUCUGUGCUCAUCGAGGCGGAUGAUUCUGGGAAAUUCGGGGAAGUAUCCAGCAAAGAUCACUUGUCCGUAGCCAUCUAAUUGGUGGUUAUCAAAGCUAUCUUUGCAAAAAUUUGAGUAGGAAGGCAUUAAUAAUACCUUUGGGAGUGAAUGGGUCCGAGUUCAUGUUUAAUCGUGUGCCACUUAUGCCUGGCUUUUUGUCGCUGUAGUAGUAGUUGAAUGGGAGACAGCUGGCUACUCAGUUGUUGAGGGGAAGUGGUGUUGAUUUCUAUCUCUAGCUGCCGGGUUGGUUUUGCACGCAGACAAGAUAACGUUACUGUUGCGCCAAGGGCAGGCAAUCUGCACCCAGCCCUACGCUUAGAUUGGUGAUAUUUACGUACUGCAGCCUAUCAUAAAGAUUUUUUUAAGAUUUUGAAUCAGAGAUUGCUCAACUAAGGUGCAUGGUGCAUCUACUAAAAGCAGCGCCUCUCGCUACUCUCGCUACUCUUCUCUUGAAGAUCUCUCCUUUACUUGCAAGCCUCCACUAAUGUCUCUAAUCCAACUAUGGCUCGGCAGGAUAUUCCUCGGUACGGUACUCUGGGGCCGCGCGGGAUCAAAGUCAGCCGUCGUAUGUGCUGGUUUCUCCUUAAUCUGGCAUUAUAUACGGCAUGGCGAUAAGUGAUUAAACCACUGUUGGCAGCUUCAGUCCUCAUGACGCAGGAAUAGAGCAAAUAAGCCCGGGAGAGGCCGACGGAGGGAAAGCCUCCUCAAUCGUUAAAGAUGAGCUUUAGGGCUUUGUCACUUGGUGCAUAUAUGAUAUAUCGAACGCCUAGCUUGAAGUGGGAAGGAAAAGCAGCUGAUAUAGUCAACCCAGGACUAGCCAGGCGGUUCUGAGCUUCCAAAUGCUUCCAAAGGUUCUAUGGAAUGAGAUAUCAAAGGCCCCUCAAAAACAACAUUCAUUGUUUAAAUUUUGCCAUCAUAGCACUGUCUGUUCUUGGCCACUCAUUUUCAACAUUCUGUUUGUUUUGUGGGAAGUUACACUCUGUGGACAUGCCUAAGCACUCAUUUGUCUUCACCUCGGUAGCUGCUAACCUUUAGUUGUAUUAUCUACAUUCAUUAUUUUAUACAUAGUACUUCGAGACAUUCGAGGGUUCGAGGAAGGCAUCCCAGUGCAUGACUGUCGGAUAGACUUCCUUUCCUCUUGACACCACAAAGAACCAAAUGGCAUAUGAGCUGAAAGCCAAAGGCAAUGCGCGCUUUAAGGAUGGUGAUUUCUCCGGGGCUGAAGACCUCUACUCGCAAGCCAUUCAGAAGAAUUCCAACGACCCUUCUUUCUACAAUAACCGCGCCCUAGUCCGAAUCAAGCUCGAAAAGUGGGAGGGCGCUGAACAUGAUGCGCGCAUCGCUAUAGAUCUCUACGGUCCAAAGAACCCCGCCGCCAUCAAAUCAAACUACUACCUCUCCCAAUCCCUUCUCGGCCUCCAACGGCCAACUGAAGCCCGCGAUGUGGCCCUGGCGGCUUACAAGGCUAGUAUAGAAACGAAGAACCCAAAUGCGGAACCGCUAUCGAAGGUCAUACUGCACGCCAAGCAAGCUAUAUGGGCGGCAAAGGAGACAACGCGAUUACGGGAUCAGAAUGAGGCAUUGAGGAAAUGGGAGGAGUUACUUCAGGCCGAUUAUGAAAAGGAACUAGCCGAGUUGCGCGCGAGAUUGGCCGCCGGGGAGAUUGGGCAGAUCGGGUUCGAAGAGGAUAAGAAGGAUUUGUUGGACGACACACAGAAGAGAUUGAAUAUUAUGAGGGAUGUGUUUGCUGCCUCGGUGGGUGAGGAUAUGAAGGAACGGGUCGUCCCUGAUUAUCUCAUAGACAGCAUCUCAUUUGAAAUAAUGCACGAUCCUGUCGUCACCCCAUCAGGCCACUCUUUCGAACGCACUAGCAUCCUAAAACAUAUCCAGCACUCCCCCGUGGACCCCAUUACCCGGGUACCCAUGACUAUCAACGAUAUCCGGCCAAACUAUGCCCUAAAAGCCGCUUGUGAUGAUUUCUUGGCCAAAAACGGCUGGGCCGUUGACUGGUGAGCGUGACACACUUUUGAAACGAUUUUACUUUUUACUUUUUCUUUUUUUCUACUGCAGCAGCAUGAUAUCAUAUUCUUUAACAUUGGUACGAUACCUAGAUUCAUUUCCUUUUUCUAUUCUUUACGGGAAAUUGCAAGUACUGGAAAAAUCUGCUUUUGGAAUGCUGGCUCACCUCCCUGGUGGUCAUCGAUUUUAAAAAUCUAACACUCCCUAUUGUAUUCCAACAAUUCGGAAAUUCAGCAGCUUCCUUUUAACUUUUCUCCAUUUCCCCCCUUUACAUGGUCUACGAAUAACCGUGAUUAUUCUUUCCCCUUAUAUUUACCUUUGGCACAAGCGUGCUUGUGCUUUCCUAGCAUCAUUUGGCGUAUAACGACGGUUAUGGUUGUUUGAUAGAAUAAUAUUCUAGCGCUUGCGGUUUUUGGUAUUACUCAUACGCUCCCAGAUAUCCUUUCUUUUCGCUUUCUUUCCCUUUCUUCUUUUUUCAAUUCGUCUUUUUAUGAACAAUGAUGAAUGAAUGAACCAUGACGUAAAAAGCCUGACCUCCCUAUUCUUACUCAAGCUUCUCGAACGAAUGAAGCAAAAUAUUGCUCAUUUCUCUUCUGCUUUCCAUUAUCCAGUACAGAGGAAACUAAAUCCACUCUCCGCGUAAUCAAUUAAUUCCAAUCCUUAUCCCUAUAUGUACAUACAUAUAUAAAGGGCGCCUGGGUGAUAUGACCUCAUCCCAUUGAAAAGUCCCGGCUUACUCAGCUGACUGCCCCGCUCCGCG